AUGGAGUUAUCGACUGAAAACUUAGAUAUUCGAGCUGGUUUAGAAGCAGAUGUCGUGGUUCAUCCCGUGCAGGAUAACCCGAACCAAGAAUUUCACGUAGAAGUGAGUUUGGAACCCGCUGAAAAAGUGCAAAUCGUCGGUAUUUAUAAAGGAGACGACGGCAAUUUUCACGUCAAGUUUAUUCCUGUGGUACCAGGCACCUACGACAUCUUCAUAGAUGGCGAGAAGCUUGUUGACAGUCAUUUUACUGUACAAGCGAAAGAACGACAGAUGGAUGUUAUCAGUAAAUUAGAAUUGAAGGGAGAAAUUCCUAAACAGCCCAUUGGAAUUGCCGUCAACAGCCAGGGACUAAUCGCUGUUGCUGAUAUCCACAAACACUGUAUCUUUAUAUUCGGCGAAAAAGGAGAUUUCCUGAGAACACUCGGCUGCUAUGGAAAGAAACCUGGACAAAUGAGCAGUCCCGUUGGAGUAACGUUCCUGAAUGAUGACGAGAUUCUGGUAGCAGAUGCACUGAAUCACCGCGUUCAACAGUUCAAUGUAAAGAUAGGUAGGUGUAAAGAUUUUGCCCCAAAAUGAAGUGUAGUAAGCUUCGAAUACCAAAUAUGUAUGUUUGCUACAUCUGCAUUCUAUGUAAGACCGAGGUCGCACCGGAGACAAAUAUUUGGAAUUUCCUGUAUUACUGAUGUAUGUCCAAAAACAUGUCUAAGACAAUUGGAACGAUGCAUUUUUAGGUUUGCGCUUGACGAAUAAAAUCAGCUUAAAGUAAACAUUUCAAUUGCUUUAAAAAAGGCAUAAUUGAAGAGAAAGUAGAUUCUGAAAUAGGAAGUCGGCUUAAUCCGUAAAAUUUCCAUUCUGUCAACAGGUACCUUUGUACGAAGCUUUGGAGGAGAAGGAACAGGAGAAGGAGAGUUUAAAAACCCAGCAAGUGUUUGUAUGGAUGACGAAGGACAUGUUAUUGUGGCCGACUGCUUCAACAACAGAAUCCAGGUCUUGACACAAGAUGGUGAGCCAGUGCUUAAAUUUGGAGACUACGGCUUAGGAAAGCUUGAUCAUCCCUUUGGGUGUGUCUUUCACAGAGGCAGAUUCAUUGUCUCUGAUGCCUGGAACAACUGUUUGAAAGUGUUUGACAGUUCAGGGACGUUUCUAAAAAGGAUUGGAGAGAAAGGGGAGGCUGAUGGGCAGAUGUGCUCUCCAUGGGGUUUGUGUAUUGAGAAAUAUAGCGAUCAUCAGAAUCUUCUUGUCUGUGACGGAAAUAAUGGUCGUAUUCAACAGUUCACAAUGGAAGGUGAGUUCACUGGCAAAACUGUGUGUAAGCUGCAAUAUCCCACGGCUUUAACCACAGCGCCUGAUGGACGCAUUUUGUGCUGCGAUUUACAGAUGGGUGAAGUGUUCAUUCUAAAAUGAUUGGUCUGCCAUAAACUAUUGUGAUUAGACUAGGAAAUUCGUAUUUUCACUGGAAUCAAUCGGAAGCAAAGCUAAAGAAACGUGACUCGGACACACGCUUCUUCAAGCAAUUCGAGUAUUUAUUUUGUCUUUACUUUAUCUCGACCAGCUCUUGCGAAACUUUGGCCUUCUGCGCAGACGUCAUGAGGCUCGCAUGUCACGCAAUCAUUCCCUAGCCCCCUCACAAAAACAUUGUUGGGGUGGAACGAUUACGUGACGUGACGAGCUUAACAACAUUUGCGAAGGAGGAAAGAGGAACUUUGAAUUUUAGUUUUUUAACACUCAACUGAGAAACCUAGCUAGAGAUUAAAAUUUGCAAGUUAUCGAAGAAAACCACCUUUAAAAACAGGAAUCGUACUCAGUUUAGGUAAUCCUGUUGGUAGACUUAGCACCCAUAUCUAGAGGCCGGACUUAUGCUUUUUUAUGGAACCGAGUUGAGAGUGUUUUAAUUCGUGUGCUUUAUGAGGUAGCCACAUGAAUUCACACUCACAAGACAAACACGGACUGGAAAGGGAUUGAUUUUAUACUUCAAAGAGCGACAAGUUGGAAUAUAGCAAACUGGGUAUCUGUUUUUUAGUUAUAUCGACAUUAUUCACCUUACACUUUGCUUUAUAGAAAGGAUAAUAUUGAGUGAUAUAAAAACAAAAAAAUUUGCACACUAUAGUCCGAUUUUAAAAACUGACGUCAGAGUUUAGUCACCAGUGUCCGAAUUCAAACACAGGUGUCCAAAAUUGGAGACUAGUUCCUAAAAUCGGACUUUAGUGUCCAAAAUCGGACUCUACUGUCCAAAAUCGAGAAGUUGUGCCUAAAAUUAGACACUAGUGACUAAAAUCAAACACUAGUGUCGAAAAUCGGACGCUACUGUCCAAAAUCGGCCCUAAAUCAGCCCAAGAAACUCGCUCGAUGCAAAGGAACAAUCUCUUUAGCAAGGCAAGUUUGGUUUUAUUUAAAACUAGUUCAGAUUUUCUAGAUUGAGAAAGGAACCGUUUCUUCUCAUACAGGUCCUUUCAUUUCGGCCAUUGAGCAAGCAAAACAUAUUUGCAUGUUAUACGGAGGUUCAUUUUGUAAGCUUGGGCUACCAGUGGUGAAAGCGUACAUCUUGGGUUGAUUUCCAAAGCACAAAGAACACUGUUAUGGUCGCAAUAAAAAAAUUACGAGGGAGCAUUUAUCUGAAAAAAAUAUUAUCCUAGAGCUAGGCACAUCUUUUUACAUAUUAUUUCAACUGAUUCCUUUCUGUUCAAUUUGUUGCAUGCAACCUUAUUUAAUUCCGUCCACUGAUUCCUGGAAAUUCCUUGGCACGAUGUUACGAAUUUAGAUAUUAUUUUUUUAUCAUGAUGGUUACCAAUGGUAGCUCGUCUAAGUAUGAAACUCAGCGGAGAUGUAAAUUCGAAUUCAAGCUUUAGCCGUUUUCCGUCAAAACUGGAGAAAAUAUGUUUGUUUUUGUACGAG